AUGGCGCUCCUCAUCGCUGCGGCCUCGCUGCUGGCACUCGCGCACGCUUCGGGCCCGCAAGCUUCCUGCGCUGUAGGGCAGCAGUGCGCCGCCGGAGAGCAGGAUGACACGGGCAUGCUCCAGAAGAGCUCGCAGAUGAUGCAGCUGAAUCGGCAUGAGCAAAUGAGCGUGAGGACGACGCCCACGAACGACGCCGAGUGCAAGGACGUGAAGGGCAUCAACACGGGCCUGCCCAUCGUCUACGACUCCAGCUGCCCUGGCCUGUGCUGCUUCGAGGACCAGCCGUGCAGGUACAACAACACGGGCUGCUACUCCGCAGCCUUGGCGCAGCAGAGGGUGAGGACGACGCCCACGAACGACGCCGAGUGCAAGGCCGUGAAGGGCAUCAACACGGGCCUGCCCAUCGUCUACGACUCCAGCUGCCCCGGCCUGUGCUGCUUCGAGGACCAGCCGUGCAGGUACAACAACACGGGCUGCUACUCCGCAGCCUUGGCGCAGCAGAAGGUGAGGACGACGCCCACGAACGACGCCGAGUGCAAGGCCGUGAAGGGCAUCAACACGGGCCUGCCCAUCGUCUACGACUCCAGCUGCCCCGGCCUGUGCUGCUUCGAGGACCAGCCGUGCAGGUACAACAACACGGGCUGCUACUCCGCAGCCUUGGCGCAGCAGAAGGUGAGGACGACGCCCACGAACGACGCCGAAGAUGAGGACGACGCCCACGAACGACGCCGAGUGCAAGGCCGUGAAGGGCAUCAACACGGGCCUGCCCAUCGUCUACGACUCCAGCUGCCCCGGCCUGUGCUGCUUCGAGGACCAGCCGUGCAGGUACAACAACACGGGCUGCUACUCCGCAGCCUUGGCGCAGCAGAAGGUGAGGACGACGCCCACGAACGACGCCGAGUGCAAGGCCGUGAAGGGCAUCAACACGGGCCUGCCCAUCGUCUACGACUCCAGCUGCCCCGGCCUGUGCUGCUUCGAGGACCAGCCGUGCAGGUACAACAACACGGGCUGCUACUCCGCAGCCUUGGCGCAGCAGAAGGUGAGGACGACGCCCACGAACGACGCCGAGUGCAAGGCCGUGAAGGGCAUCAACACGGGCCUGCCCAUCGUCUACGACUCCAGCUGCCCCGGCCUGUGCUGCUUCGAGGACCAGCCGUGCAGGUACAACAACACGGGCUGCUACUCCGCAGCCUUGGCGCAGCAGAAGGUGAGGACGACGCCCACGAACGACGCGGAGUGCAAGGCCGUGAAGGGCAUCAACACGGGCCUGCCCAUCGUCUACGACUCCAGCUGCCCCGGCCUGUGCUGCUUCGAGGACCAGCCGUGCAGGUACAACAACACGGGCUGCUACUCCGCAGCCUUGGCGCAGCAGAAGGUGAGGACCAUCCAUAG